GCGGUAUUUAUCAGCAGCGCGCAUCGCAUCUGCACCUGAAGCCAACUCUUGGACCCUGAGCGCAUUGCCAUUGAUCAUAGACAUCUUAGACGCGUCUGCGCAUAUACUCCCCCAAACCUCUCGCUAUCGAACAUCCCUCGCGACCGACGACCACCAUGGCCGCUGAAUACCAACAACAUGAGGACCCCAGUGGUGUGACAGGCAUUGGCGCGGGUCCUCAAGUCAUCAGCACCUCGGGUGCAGUGGAUGUCAUCAUGGGACCGCUCCUCAACUACCGACGUACAAGCAACCAGCAAGGCGGGCAGCCUGUCUGGCACGGCAGUGUCCUCAUCGUCGCCACGCCCGGACAACAGAACCCGAAUGAGGCACAGCCAAACCCCCAGCUUACACUUUUCCCAGCUGGUGCGGUCGACAAGAACAUGGGUGACGUGAGGUUCAGCGUGGAAGCGCGCGAGUUCCACGGAGAAAAGCUAUACGAGGAUAGUAAGAGGGCUUUCUGGCGCUUCAGGAUCGAUGCUCCUAUGCAGCCAUUCGAAUCAAGAUGGCGUUACGAGAUCCAGAACCUCAGAUACACCGACACGAUGAAGGAGGAGAAGCCCCAGAACUUCGUCGUGCCCUCAAUCACCCAGUCGAUGCGCAUCAUGUUCCAUUCUUGCAACGGCUUCAGUGUUGGCACCGACAUGGACGUCUGGUCCGGACCUGUUUUGUGGAAUGAUGUCCUCCGCAUGCACGAGCAGCGACCUUUCCACGUCAUGAUUGGAGGAGGUGACCAGAUCUACAACGAUGGAGUGCGAGUCGACGGACCCCUCAAGCCAUGGACCGACAUACAUAGCCCUCAUAAGCGACGCGAGUUCCCCUUCGGCCAGCAGAUGCGUGCCGAUUGCGACGAGUACUAUUACAACAACUACGUCAAAUGGUAUGGUCACAAGCCCUUCUCCACUGCCAACAGCCAGAUUCCUCAGGUCAACAUCUGGGACGACCACGACAUCAUCGAUGGCUUUGGCUCCUACACCGACCAUUUCAUGAACUGCGCUGUCUUCAGAGGCAUUGGUGGUGUUGCGCAUAAGUACUACCUCCUCUUCCAGCACCACCUUGCUCCUCCAAAGAGUACCUUCACGACCGACGCGCCCCAGACGACCGAUGUAACAGGCCAAGGACAAGGCACAACUCCCGCCGAUCCGGUGCAGGUGGAUAGCACUUUCGUUAUGACCAACGAUGAGGGCGACCCAUCAUACCUUAUCGGCUCGAAGCCCGGCCCAUAUGUCGAGGAACGCAGUCGCAGCAUCUACUGCCAGCUCGGCGCACGCAUUGCCUUUGCUGGUAUUGAUGCGCGAACAGAGCGUACGAGGCAUCAAGUCAACUACCCCGAGACCUACAAGAUGCUCUUCGAUCGUCUAGACGCCGAAUUCACCGCAAACCCAGAACUUAAGCACAUGAUCUUGCUGCUCGGUGUACCCAUCGCCUACCCUCGCUUGAUCUGGCUCGAGAACAUUCUGCAGUCACCCUUGAUCGCACCCAUCAAGUUUUUGAACAAGCGCUUUGGCUUCGCUGGAGGUUUCUUUAACCAGUUCGAUGGCAAAGUUGAUUUGCUCGAUGACUUGGACGACCACUACACCGCGCGUCAGCACAAGGAGGAGCGUCGCAACCUCGUCCACAGCCUGCAGGCAUUCUCCAAGAAGUUCUCCGCCCGUGUCACCAUUCUUGGUGGAGAUGUACAUCUUGGAGCCAUUGGUCGUUUCUACACCAACCCCAAGACACACCAAAUUCCCGCAGAAGCUGACCACCGCUACAUGCCCAACAUCAUUAGUUCCGCCAUCACCAACAAGCCCCCACCGCAAGCUGUCGCGAACUUGCUGGCCCGCCGAAACAAGAUCCAUCACCUCGACAAGGAGACCGACGAGACGCUUCUCGAGAUCUUUGACCGCGACCCAGCUCUCCCUGGUGGCGUCAAUGCGACAAACGGCAGCUCCACCGCCCAGAUCGAGGGCGACGGCAAGGACGGAAAGAUCGAACCCAAGACCUCCGCCGCAAACCACGCAACAAUGCCUUCGCGCAACUACGCCAUCAUCUGCGAAUCCGCGAUCCCCACUCCCUCCACCCUCGGUGUACCUCCCGGCUCAGCGCCCUCCAUCAACACGAACAACACCGCCGCGUCCAAGAUCUCCGCUGCCCCUGGCAAGAAAGACAAUAUGCGUCUGGGUUUCCAUCUCGGAGAGGAGAAGGCCGGCACUCAGCACCCAGCUGCUGGUGGUAUCAACCCAUCAGGCCUUUGCGGACCGUAUGGACUGGAUGUUACGCUUAGGGUGGAGAUCAGCAACCAAGAUCGCGAGGGCAGGACUGAUGGCUACGGCUUCAGCAUUCCCGCGUUAGAUUGCUCGGCUUAUGCUGAUCGCGGCGAGAAGUGGUAGACUAUGACUACGAGGUGGACGCUUGGGAUGUUGGAUAGAGAAGGUCUCAAGCGGUAGAUAGGCGAAGGUGCCAUGGUGGAAGAUACUGGAUGACUUCAUUUUGCUUUCUUGUUUUGGUUUAUACCCUCGACAGUUGCUUGGCAUAGAGCAAUGAUGUGUAGUAGUUAAUUAGUCG